AGAUGUGAUUUUUGGUGGUUCUCGGUGGACUCUUCGCCCUCCUGACCAAUGUUCUCUCAGCAGCAGGUGAUAGCGUGUGUUUUCUUCCUGAUGGUGACCAAACAGUGCCGUGCAAACUACUGUUUUCACUGUUGCUCUUGUCUAUUAAAUUAGACAAUAAAGUUGAAUCUAAUCUAAUCUGCUCUUGGGACCUGCAGCUGUUUUGAAAUGGCUCCAAGUCACUUUCCAGACUUGUUCAAGUCAAUGAUUCGCUCUUUCAGAUCCACGCUGGGCUCCUUUGACUUUCCCAUUGUAGCGUUUGUAUCCAAUGAGCUUCAUUUAAAUGGCCUCAGAGAAGCUGUAGUCACUCAUAAUCACUCACAAGACGGUAAGAGGCCAUAAGGCUCAUUUCAUUGACACAACUUUCUCACCAAUAUUGCUAAUUCAUGUUGCUGUAUGUAUAUUUUUGACCCAGCAGAUUUGAUCACUUUUUCUGUUAACGCAUAAUAAAGUCAAACAAGAACCAAACUUCAUGAAUGUUUUUUGCGACAAAGAAGUAUGUGUUCCAAACAAAAAUCAGACUUGUAGAAAUAACUGGAAACCCAAGAGAGCCACAACACUGCGUUCUUUACCACAACUGUGUCAUCGUGUUGGUAUCAGCUGGGGAGGUUCUGUCGCAGGACGCGGGUCAGCUCGUGUUAGUGUUUGUCGCGUGAAGAUGACGUCCCAGGCCCGUGGCUAUUUCACACGCUUCGGUUAAAGUCAGUCCCGAGUUGAAGAAAUCAGACCUGUCGUUAUUAGGCAUAAAAAUAACAAUGUAGAAAAAAACACGGUGCCAUAUUACGAAAUGUCCUCCAACCCAAUAUUGAUUACACGCAUUCAACAUUUUAAAAGUUGGUUUUCAAGCUGAAAUCAAACGCCGCUGUUUAAGAAAUCGCUAUUUUCCCACCGACAGUGAAGGCCACUCUGUCCAAUCGUUGGGCACCAAAAAUCAUUUUAAACCUAAAAAGCGCCAUUUUCCCCCCUUCGAGUAGCCCGCUGCGACUUUACUAUCGUCAAGAAACGUUUUUUCAUGGACAACAUGGACGAAUUAUUGAAUACAGGGCUCACUAUGAAUGCCUCUAAGUUCAAAAGCUCACUGGAACGAAUCAUAGACAAGUAUUCAAAGCUUCACUCCCAAGAUGGGGCUCUGGAAGUCGACCUGGACCACACCAAUUGCCGCACGUUACAACAAUACAUCCAGCGGUCUAAAGCAGAGAUCACCCAGCUGGAGUCAAAGAGCCUGACAGACUUAAGCGAGGAAUCGAUGACGGGCACGUAUCCAAGACCGAACACAACAGCAGCAACUCACCAUUUGGACGUCUUGCAUGAAGAUGGCGGCGCUGACGAGACUCGGUUGCCUCUGGAGGACAACGGUUGGUCUCCCAGCGACUUGACUGGUCUGACCACGAGCUCGCUGGAGGAGAACCAGAGGAGCGUUUCUGAGACGGAUGUUCAGCCCGAGGACGGAGACCAGGAGCUGGAAAUGAGCCUGAGGAGUCACGGCGGCUCUCUGGUGGAGCUCUACCCCGGCAUGAUCAGCCGAAUAGGAAAGGCGUGGCGGCGAAAGCACGUCUUCGAGGCCGCCGACACGGUGCUGAGGCGCUACGGCAGGUGGAGGCGGCACGCGGGCAGAAGCAGUCUCGGCAGCACCUUCAUCGUCCCGAUGAGACACAACGGCCGGAAUCCAGAACGCGAAGCAAGCCGCACGCCGUCAGGGGAGAGCCGAGGGCAGUGUGUGGGGACAGAGACCACCCGCCGGCCCCCCGUGAGGACGGUAAACGCGUCUCCUCGGGGGACGCGACAGGAGCACCACCAGCCGGUCCUCGUCAUGGACUUUUCUGGACCUUCUGAGGCCUUCGAGCCACCAGAGAGCUCGCUGAACGAGACCUUCACGGUGUCCCAAGCUUUCGGGCCAGGGGAGCCGCCCUCUUUAGGGACAGGGGAACCGCCCACUUUCCGGCUGGGGGAACCGCCCUCUUUCCGGCUGGGCGAGCCGCCGUCUUUAGGGCCAGGAGAACCGCCCACUUUCCGUCUGGGAGAACCGCCCACUUUCCGGCUGGGGGAACCUCCCUCUUUCCGGCUGGGGGAACCGCCCUCGGCGUGCACGUUCAGUCCCUCGCGGUCCUGCCGUCCCGCUGCCAAGGCUCCCACAGACACGCCUUCCAGGUCCAGGAGGCCGUCGCUCAACGCGCCCUCGCUGCAGGCGGACGUCUGCUCCGCGUACGCAAGCGAAACCGCCGAGGAAAGCUCAGACUUCUACGGCUCUCCGGUCCGGCGGGGUCCUGCGUGGGCGGGGCCCGGCCUCGGCAGGUCUCCUCGCGGCUUCUCCAGGAGCCCCAAAACGUACCCCGGGGAAAGCCUUCCCAGAGCCUCUCCGGGGAGAUCGAUCUCCACCCCUCCGCGGAAGACGCUCCGCCCUCGAGACGUGCAUCCCUGGCUCCACCCACAGGCAGCGCCGGCGGCAGGCCGCCUUUCCUUUGACUCCUCCCUGCGGUCCGUCCGCGUCUCCUACUCGCCGAAGAAGCUCGACGAGGACUUCCUGAAGCUCUACCACAAGUUCGUGUGCCAGAGCCGGUCGGCGUCCUUCAGCGGGCUCCCCUGCCGCUUCUGUGCCAGAAGCUCCGAGGCCGGCCGGGCUCCUCCUCCCUCGUCCUCGGCCCUGGCGGCUCUCGCCCUGUCGCCCCACCGCUCCCUCCUGAGGAAACGCCACAGGGAGCUGGACCGGGACGCACACCCCCUGUCCAAGCGCUACCGGGACGAGCACUGCCCGUCCUCCCCGGGCUCCAAGCGCCACGGCAGAGAGGUGCUGAGGCGCCGUCUGCUUCAACCUCAAUACGCCGCCGGGCCACAAGGCGCGUUUUCACGGACUGAGCGGGUGGCGGCGGUCAGCGGGCGCACAUCAGGAGGCCUGAAUGAGUCGGAGCGGAUCCGCCUGCCGUCGUAAGCUCCUGAUGUCACCUUGAGUUCUUUGAAUUUAAACAGAAAAGUACCUAAAACACCAGAGGAGAGAAGGAAAAGCUAACGAAUGUCAGUGAGAAGCUUCUUCGUGGUCGAUGUUCACUUUCUCAGUAGAUUUCUUAUCUGUUGCUUGUAAUAAAAAUGUCUGGAAAAUAAA